CCCGAACUGGAUCCGCCGGAACGGCCCGGAACGCGGCGGCGGUGAGAAGGGGGAGGAAGAGGAGAAAGGCUCCUUAGCAACAAACCGGUUUCAUGGCAUUAUUGGGAUGGACGGGACACUGAGGAUUAAACUUUGACCUGUGCCAAAAAGACCCAAAAUGAACUGGAUCAGAGUGAUAAUGGUUUAUUGAUUUGGGUUUAAAGCAGGACUGGUUUCGCUUGGUUUGUUUGAAAGCCAGACAUCUGAGGUUAUGAUCGGGUCAGUGAGACUGCAGUGAAUGAGCCUCAGGGAUUGAAUAAAGGAGGUCUAAGAUGAUUGGCAGGUCUUCUUAGUGUUCAUCUGGAACUCUGAGGUUCUUGAUUGGCCCAACAACAAGAUAUCUAAAUUCUUAGCUUAGCAUUUUUAAGGUCCACUGGAUUUACACCAUACCCUGAUGUGAAAACAUAUUCCUGAACUACACUGGACCAGAAUUGGUGACAAUAGAUCACAACUGGCUUUUGCCAAUCCUGGUACUGAUUGAGGACCAAAGGUGACUGGGUUGAAUGGGAAUAGUAGCCCUCUUGAACUGGGUUUGGACCAAGAAUUGACUCGUUUUGUGUAUUGGAAUAUGAAUCUUAAAUCGGAUGAACUCUGAGUGCAACUGUAACAUCAUUCGCCAUGUCUCUCAGUAAGACCCUUGAGUUGGAGCAUUUCGACGAACGGAACAAGGUUCGCCGGGGACGCUCCACCCGACCCAAACGGGAUGACUCCACCGGCAGCGGUGGGGGUUCCGGCCCCAGUUCCAGGGGCAGCAGCCUGGUUCCCAGUCCUGCUCACAGCGCCAACUGCAGCUACUACAGGACCCGCACCCUGCAGGCCCUCACCUCAGAGAAGCGGGCCAAGAAGGUCCGGUUCUACCGCAAUGGGGAUCGGUACUUUAAGGGCCUGGUGUACGCCGUUUCUAGUGACCGGUUCCGGUCGUACGACGCGCUGCUGAUGGAGCUUACUCGAUCGUUAGCAGACAACCUUCAUCUGCCGCAAGGAGUUCGUACGAUCUACACCAUAGAUGGCAGCAAGAAGAUUACCAGUAUGGACGAACUGGUGGAAGGCGAGUGCUACAUCUGCGCCUCAAACGAACCUUACCGGAAGGUCGACUACACCAAGAUCUCCGUCCCGAGCUGGAAGCCCGGCGCCGGUACCGGAACCGCCACCGCUGCCUCCAGCCGGACCCCGACGGCGUCCACCGGAGUGUCGACGACCCCCAGCGCCGUCGCCAAAGACCGGCCCGAGGGUCGGGAGGGCAGGGACAGCAAAGACUUCAUCAAGCCCAAACUGGUGACGGUGAUCCGGAGCGGCGUGAAGCCCCGCAAGGCGGUGAGGAUCCUGCUCAACAAGAAGACGGCGCACUCCUUCGAACAGGUGCUGGCGGACAUUACGGAGGCCAUCAAGCUGGACUCUGGGGCGGUGAAGAGGCUCUACACGCUGGACGGGAAGCAGCUGACCUGCCUGCAGGAUUUCUUCGGGGACGACGAUGUGUUCAUGGCGUGCGGGCCGGAGAAGUUUCGGUACGCGCAGGACGACUUUGUGCUGACGCAUUCUGGGAAAACGGCGGCCUUCGUGAGCGAGUGCAGGACCAAAACGCCUCGUCCAGCCGCUCCUCAGAAAACCCCCAAAACUCCCAGCAGCUCCAGCUUCUCCUCCUCCAGGACUCCACCCAAAGGUUUAUCCAGGACCAAGUCACCGGGCUCAGCCAAUGAGGCGUCAGGAUCCCAGUCGGCUGUAAAGUCCAACAGAUCCAGUCCGUCUCCCACCAGUCCCGGGACGCGACGCAACUUAAAGAUCUCGCCUCGCCGAGCGUCGUCCACAGAUGUGAACGGAGAAGCCGAGCAGCCGGACGACGCAGAGGAAGUGAACGGGAACCGAUCCGUUUCGUCCUCCACCAUCAACGAGAAGUACAAGGUGGGAAAAGUGAUCGGAGACGGAAACUUUGCUGUGGUGAAGGAGUGUGUGGAGAGGGCGACGGGACAGGAGUUCGCUCUGAAGAUCAUCGAUAAAGCUCGAUGCUGCGGGAAGGAACACCUGAUAGAGAACGAGGUGGCGGUUCUGAGGAGGGUCCGGCAUCCCAGCAUCAUCCAGCUGAUCGAGGUGGACGAGACGCCCACGCAGCUCUUCCUGGUCAUGGAGCUCGUUAAGGGCGGCGAUCUUUUCGACGCCAUUACCUCCUCCACCAAGUACAGCGAGCGAGACGCCAGCGCCAUGGUGUUCAACCUGGCCGGAGCCAUCAAGUAUUUACACCGGAUGAACAUCGUCCACCGGGACAUCAAACCAGAGAACCUGCUGGUGUGUGAGUAUCCGGACGGCACCAAGUCCCUGAAGUUGGGCGAUUUCGGUCUGGCGACGGUGGUGGAGGGUCCGCUGUACACCGUCUGCGGCACGCCGACGUACGUGGCGCCGGAGAUCAUCGCUGAGACCGGUUAUGGUCUGAAGGUGGACAUCUGGGCGGCAGGAGUCAUCGCCUACAUCCUGCUCUGUGGAUUCCCUCCUUUCAGAAGUGAGAAUAACGUCCAGGAGGAACUAUUUGAUCAGAUCCUCAGAGGGAAGCUGGAGUUUCCAUCUCCAGACUGGGACAACAUCAGCCUAUCAGCAAAGAUGCUGAUCAGUCAGAUGCUCCAGGUGAACGUUGACGCCCGGUUCACUGCUGAGGAAGUCCUCUCCCACCCCUGGGUGACGGACGAGGCACCAGGAGAGUCCAACACUGUGAGCGGCCCUGAAGAUCACGCCAGCGAAGAAGCGCAGGAGUCGGAUCAUGAAUCUCCGAUUCUGGAGACGAAACAAGUUCCCUCACCGCUGGUUUAGGCCACAUCCCCGUCCCACUGGUCUAAAGGAACCAUCAUACAGUCUGGGAGCAACCAACUGGGAGCCAAAUAAUCUUCCUAAAGUCUCCAUUUACAUGCAACCGACUCCCUUUCAUUUCUAGAAAAGUAGAACUUUAAAACAUAGACAGAUGUAAUUAAACAUUCUCUACUACA